UCAGUAAAGCCGGUCAAUUAUUUUUUUACUUUUGCCGACAUUUUGGAAAAAAAAAGUUGUUCCACAUCAGACACGCUGUGUUAACAGCAAAUUAUAAAAUUAUAAACAAAAAUGAUCGCCGACGACAAUAGUGUUAAAUUUUUCGAUCGCAAAUUUGUGGCGGUUCAUUUGCGCAGUCAAUUGCAUUGUCCAAAAUGCACUCGCGAAUAUUCACACAAAUUUACCGAAGGAGCAGGGGCCUCAGAUAAUCAUCGUCCAUUUUUGUUACCCUGCGGUCAUCAUAUGUGCGAAUUCUGCAUUUCGAAACAUUGCCAGCAAGCGGACUUCAAGUGCGCCGUGUGCUUCAGCUCAGCAUUGCCCAGCUUUAUUGCAAAGGAGCUCAAUGGCAAAAGUAUUGGCAACAUAAGUGACUACUACGAGCUGAACUAUCACGUGUUGGGCGAAACAAAUAGUCUGGAUUAUGGUAACCGCUAUUCGCUGGAGGAGUCGUUGCUCUGCCUCCCGACACUAAGCGAGAUCGUGCUGGAGACCAAAUGCAGCGAGUGCGGCCACAGAGUAGCCAGUGGCGAAUGCAAGCAGUGUAAUGCUUUCUAUUGCAAGCGCUGCUUCGAAACGGUACAUCAUUACAGUCGCGUCCUCAAGACGCACAUCUUUCAGACGCUCGACGAUAAGCAGCGCACUGGCAGUGACGUCGAUCUUCGCAUAGGCAAUGACAUCUUUCGCAUGCCCGUCCAGCUGAUGUGCAAUGUGCACAAUGUACCGGCAACCAUCUUCUGCACCUCGUGCAGGCGCAACAGCUGCGAGGCGUGCGCCAUUAGGCAUCAUGCCAAUCAUGUUACCUACACAGUGAGCGAAAUGAAUCAUCGUUAUGUAACCGAAAUUCCAUCUUCGAUAAGUUCCAUUGACGCGGCUCUCAUGCAAAUCAAAAAUGCUCAGUUGGUGGUGCAGAAUACAAAGAAGAAACUUGGCGAUUUUGCCACCGAAACGCUGACCAACAUCUCGCAGCGUUUCCGCUUGCUGCAUGGUCAGCUGCAGAGUGCCGAACAGAAGACGAUUGAGAUGCUGCGCGAGGCUAGCCUGCCGCCGCAGUUGCAGCUAAAUCAGGCAAUUAGCCAGCUGAAUGAUUAUGAGACAGUACUGAAGAACCUACGCCAGCUGCUGAAUUGCGGCACCGAUGGUCGUUACGAGGUGCCGCAGAAUAUUUGGUUAAAGGAUAUCAUUAUGAUCAUCAGUGAACACCUGGAGAACAUACCCAGCUAUGUGCAAGUUACCAAUCUCGAUCGUAAUCCCUAUCACUUACAGACUACGAAUAAUCUAUCCGAAAUGAUAGGACGUCAUCUGAAUUGCCAAUUUCGGAAUCCCAAGAUUGAGGUGCGCUUUAACAAUGAGUACGAUCAGCUGAGCCGUAUCUCGAUCCGUAGCCAGCCGAAGGAGUCGAAGAGCAUUGGCUCAUUGGCUCAUGGCAGACUCGGCAAGAAGCUAAAGCGUCGUCCCAAAAAGUCUAAAAGCAGCUCCAGCUCGAUGAAGGACAGCGCUAGUGAGCGCAAUGUGCAGCAGAUGAAUUUCCUGCGCACAUUCUCGGCCAUGGACAUCAGCAAGUCGAAUUCGGCCCGCUCUAUGUCUAAUAAGCUGUCAAGUCACCUGGGCGACAGGUUUCGCACAGAUGCGAUUGUGCGUGUUCGCUCCAUUCAAUCCCCGGAGGAUUUCUAUGUACAGUGUAUUCAUGCAGCGCAACGCAUGCGUGAUAGUCUGGAGGCAUUCGCUGAAACGCCAGCCUGCCUGCCACCGAACCUCAUUGUGGUGGGGCAGCAAUACAUCACGUUCAACAAUCAAAACGAGACAGAUCGCUGGCAUCGCGCCUUGGUCAUUCGAAAGGCCGACUCACGUGAAAUUUAUGACGUCUUCUUGCCGGACGUAGGCCUUACCCGUAAGGUGCACAGCAGCAACUUCCGUCAGAUGCCGGAACAUCUGGCCACACUGCCCUACACAGCCGUCCACUGCAGCCUGAAGCAGCUGAUGCCCAGCAACGGAGGUACCGAGUGGGAACCACAGGCCAUCGACUUUCUCAAGCAAGUGGUGCAAAACAAUCCUGUGUAUAUCACCAUUCUACGAGCCUUGGGCGCCCAGUUGUACGAGGUGGAUCUAAGCAUUAAUAACUAUGAUUCGACCAUUUCGGUGCGCGAAGCCUUUCUAUACACUGGAUUAGCCCUCGAGCGAAAUGUCUUUGCUACCCCGUUGACAUCGAAGUCGCAGCAGUUGAUGGCAGAGGAAUCGCAGAGAUUACCGAAAUACGUGCCACGUGUGGGAGAUGUGCUUAUCAUACAGAUGCUGCAUGUGGAGCAGCCCCUGGAGUUCUAUGUGAUGCCACACGAACUGGAGCACAAUCGCAGUUCGCUGCAGCGCUCGCUGCAAAGCUUCAUGGAUCACUUGAGUCUCAGCCAACUGGAGCCCAUCUUUUUGGGUCGCCUGGAGCUGGGUUGUGCGGUCCAAUCGGAGGGUCAGUGGCAUCGCGCCUGCAUUGAGAUCAUUUUGCCCAAAGGUUACGUGCUGGUGCGUCUGGUGGACACAGGGAUCACACAGAAAGUCUAUUGGGAUCAGCUUUUCAUGUUGCCGCGCAUAUUCUGGACUCAGGAGAUAGCCAUCAAGUGCUGCCUGGCCGAUGUGGAGACACUGCAAGUGAAUAACUAUACUUGGACACCGGCUGCCAUCGAUGCCUUCAAGCAGUUAACCUCAAAUCCGAAGCUACAAAUGGAGGUGGUUUCCGUGCGAAAUAACGUGGCCUAUGUUGUGCUGCAUUUUGGGAACAGCAACGUGGCUGCCGCAAUGGUGUCUCAGGGCCAUUGCGAGUCCAGUGGUGCGAGCAGUAAAGUUGUUAAGCCUCAGCCGGCACGACUAUCGCAGCUGGACGCAGAUGCGCGUAGACUGAUAAACGAGGCAAAGGAGGAGGAGCAUUUGGAUGCUCACCCGCCAUCUGGUCAAACUGACACCAUGAAUCGCUCACCCAUCGAAGUGCUGCAUGUACAGCAUCCAGGCGAAUUCUACGUAACACUCGCGCACUUUGUCUCGGCCAUUGCGGAACUGAGGAAAACAGUGCAAGCAACAGCAGCUGAGAUGUACCAGAGUUGUUCGCCUACUACCAGUUGGCAGCCGGGCGACAUGUGCUACGUGCGUGUGAAGGCCAAGGGGGAUCAGGACAUGCUUUGGCAUCGCGGCCAGAUUGUUGCCUGCGCCGAUUUUAAUACAGCCAGCAAAUACGAUGUGCGUCUGCGUGACAUCGGCGAACUAGUGCCGGGUGUACCCAAUAACUGUCUGACCGCAAUGGAUGAGGCUCUCGUGCGCAUCAGCAAUAGUGCCAUGUGCUGCCGCCUAUUUGACAUUGUUCCCAAUGGCAUCGAGUGGUCAGCUGAGGCUGUAGGGUUCUUUAAAUCGCAACUGACGGCCUACAGCUCGCUGCAUGUGACAGGUUAUGGACGCAGCGGAGACUGCCUGAACGUCAUCCUAUGGGGAGCAAACACUGAAAUCAGUGGACCAUUCUCGCCAGCACGCAUCAAGUAUACGAACAUCAAUGAGGUGCUUUUGCGGGCAGGACAUGCCAUAAGAGAUCCGCUUAAGUUGCUGAAACAGGAAAAUGAAUCGACAACAAGCAGCGACAGCAGCAGCAGCAGCUUGUGCUCACAGCAGUCAGGUGAUAUGGACUUGUUUGCAGGCAUUGAUAUGGUGGCAAGAAUUGAAAGAUCCCAGGAAGCGCCAAAGUUGAAUUUCCAGCACACCUACGAGAUGCCGCCACUGGAGCUGCUCAACGAUUUGAAUACAAAGGAAACCACCUUCGGUUGCAAUGAGCCGCCAGUGGCCUGGCUGCAGCCGCGUACAUGCAAGAAAAGUGUUUUUACUGCACUGCCCACCUAUGUGAAUAAUCAGUGUGAGAUUUACCUAAGCCUGGCCACCGAUGAGCCGUUCAUUCAUCACAUGCGCAAUUUGCUGGUCAAUCACUUCAAGCCCCUGCUGGAGCAACAGCGACAGUCAAGCAGCUAUGUGGUUGGUCAACCGGUGGUGGUCACCUAUCACUUGGAUAAUCUCAUUUAUCGCGGCAUUGUCAAGAGCAAGUUGAGUGCUCAGGGUAAGCACAAUGUAUACUACGUGGACUACGGAAACGAGGAGAAAGUAUCGCCCGUUGAGAUGCUGCCGUAUGCACCAUUUCCACAGUUAAAUUCGCUGUGCUGGCGCAUAGCCAUCCACGGUAUCCAGCCCAAGCAAAAGAACUACAGCGUCAAGACCGUGGACGCUGUUCACCAAACUGUGGUCAUGAAGCUCAGCAGCGUACGUGUUAUGGAAGCCAAAGGAGUUGACGGUAUAUCGCAAUGUCAAAUAAAGGUGGGCGACAUGGACAUAGGAACAAUGAUGUUAAACAACGAAAUGGCGAUACGCGCCGCAACCCAGGGAGAUGAAGAAUUGAAACAGCAACGUGCUAAGACACUGAAGAGCUUCAAAGUGUUCGAAGAGCUGCUCCAGUUAGGCGACACCCAGCCUCCAUUGGUACUUGAACAGGUGAAUACAACAGCUCAGCCGCCACCCGCUAAGAAAAAGUACAUGUUAGACAGCAAAGAGCUACUUCAUACUGAGUGCGAAAAGGAUUUCGAUUGCAAGGAGCCAGUCAAGCAGGAGCAGCUACAAACGAGCAUCAAACUUGAAAAAGACAGCGAUGAGGAUCACUCGGAAGAAAAUAAUUCAGCUGAGGGCUUCUCGGAUGGCUACGUCAUCGAGGAGAUAGUCGAAAGCAAUGUCAAUAAGGAAGAUGAGAAAACAUCCAGUGCCGGACCAGAACAGGCCAGCUUUAUGCCACCGCAGAACAUAUCCGCCGUGGAACAACUACGUCGACGCAUUCAGCUGAGACAUAAGCAGGAAAGGUUGGACAGCGCACAUUUCUCACCAAUGGAUACGUCCACGGAGCGUUCCUAUCAGCGUUGUUUCAAGGCACAAUGCCUGCCCACUGGCGUCAAACAUUUUUCGUGCAGCAUCGACAAAGUGGUAUCCGCCACCGAGUUGCAGAUAUCUCCGCAACUAACUGAAUUUACCAAGCAGGAAAUUGUACUGGCUCAGGAGACUAGCGCCUUAAUCCUGGACGCUGCACAGUUGAAUCCUGUGGAGAUGGAAUCUUUGUGUCUGGCCCGCUAUAGUCUGGAUAAUCAAUGGUAUCGCGCUGUUAUUAAGGAGGUGUUUCAUGCCUCUAAUCAGGCAACUGUCUACUAUAUGGAUUUCCAUGACACUGAAGUGGUGCCCUUUAUCGAUCUGAAAGUAAUGCCCAAACAGCUUUUUAUGUUUCCUCAGCGUUCGUUCCGAGUCAAUCUCUACGGCAUCAAGAUAAACAGAAACUUUGCGGACACAUCUGUGCGCCAAGCACUUCAAGCAUGUCUAUGCAAAUAUCCUUUAGUGUACGCACGCGUUCACUAUCCUCACGACUAUCACGACAAUAGCGAGGACUACGGCGAAUCGGAGCCGUGCUCAUCCAGCGAUUCUAUUAGGCAAAGCUUUAAACUACUCGAGGUCGAUAUAUAUGAGAAUAAAUUCAAAACCGAGCUGCUCUACAAACCCCUAAUUGACAGUCGGAUGUUCCUAUUGAAAUAGUUUACAAACAUUACAAGAAUAAUUGAACUAUCUUAAAUUGAAGUAACCAAAGAGGAAAAUUCCAUUAUAU